CAACGGUCUGUGGGAACGUCUGACACUGGGAAUAUUAAUGGGAUAUCUGCGACCCCGUUUUCUGCCUCCGCCUCUCCGCUCCUUCAAGAGACCUUCCCAUUUCCUUCCUUAGACUUUCCUUUCAUUACCCUCUCCGUUCCCUACUAGUGUUGCACGCCACACCUGUGCUUUCAAUGUUGAGACCUUCUUUUGUCUGGCUCAUCCUCGGAUUCACCUUCCUCUUACCGGCGGGUGCUGCGAACCUGACUGACGGCUGGAGAGAUCCUAGUCCAAAUUUUCUGCAGAAUGCCUACAUUGUUGAACUGUACACUCCCGAUGCGCUCCAGAGUAUAGCGGGAUUGGGUACACGCGUUUUGACGUCGCCUCAUGAUGUUUUGUACAAGCGCCUUGAAGAGCGUGGCAUCGAAUACUCCAUACGGAGCGUUUUCGACGAUGCUGCCUUCCUAGGCGUUUCGCUUCAGCUGACCAGCUCACUUUAUGUGCAAUCUCUUGCCUCGAUCCACGAUAUCAAGUCUUUGUAUCCCGUCCAGCUUUGGCAACGCCCGUCUCCGCAAAAUGUGCAGGUUCUCGCUGGAACCUCAGGUGCGGACUGCCCUCCUGAUGGGAUGUCGGCACUCCAAAUGAUCGGUGUCGACAAACUUCACGCGCAAGGCUAUUUGGGCAAAGGCGUCACGGUUUGUGUCAUCGAUACGGGCGUGGAUUACAGUCAUCCCUAUCUUGGCUCUGGGUUUGGACCAGGUCACAAAGUGGCUUUUGGAUACGAUUUCGUUGGGGACAGUUUCAAUGGGUCUAACACUCCUCAUCCAGAUCCAGAUCCUCUGGAUCAGUGUGCUGGACAUGGAACACAUGUGGCAGGUAUCAUCGGUGCAAAUCCUGGGAAUCCUUACGGAUUCUCUGGAGUUGCGUACGAAUCUACGUUGGGAGCCUAUCGCAUUUUUGGAUGCACAGGAACAACGCCAGAUGACAUCAUCAUAGCUGCGCUCCUUCGAGCUAAUAAGGACAAAUGUAACGUUCUUAAUUUAUCCCUUGGCAGUCGCUCUGGGUGGUCAUCAGCUCCCAGCGCUGUUGUUGCGUCGCGAAUCGCGGACAUGGGGAAAAUUGUUUCCAUCUCAGCGGGUAACGAUGGAUCUUACGGCCCAUGGGACGCGUCCAACCCCGCAACAGGCCUUAACGUCAUUUCUGUCGCCUCCGUUCAAAAUACCAGGAUCCUUGUUCAGAACCUCACCGUUGUAGGGGCAGCUCAUGGUCCCAUAUUUUACUGGGGACUUGAUCCACUCAAUCUCCCUCAACCUGAUUAUCCUUAUGACACCCCUCUGUCUAUAUAUGCUCUUUCGACUAAUACAAGUGUGGUCGGGGAUGGAUGCUCACCGUUGCCGGAUAGUACUCCCAAUCUGAAUGGGAAGGUUGUUCUCGUUCGGCGAGGACAAUGCCUCUUUACCACGAAGUUGGCAAAUAUUGCGGCGAAGGGCGGUAAUGUCACGUUGAUUUAUGAUAACAUCGUUGAGACUCUUUGGUCCCCUCCCGUUGCGCCUUAUAUCGCUACUAUCAUUUCACCUAGCGACGGAGAGUUCCUUGUCAAGCAAUUUGCCGCUGGUAUCGAUAUCAAAGUUGUUUUUCAUAAAGGCGGUAUCUCUUCAACGACCCCUAGCUUGGAUGGAGGAUUGGUGUCCAGUUUUACGUCGUAUGGCCCAACAAAUGAUAUGUUCUUCAAGCCAGCUGUGGCAGCUCCUGGUGGAAAUAUCAUCUCGACCUAUCCGGUGGCUUUGGGUUCUUAUGCAAUCAACUCCGGCACUUCGAUGGCUGCCCCUAUGGUCUCCGGUGCCUCUGCGCUCCUCUUCGAGAAAUUAGGCACGACUCGUUCUGUAGCUCGCAGAGCUCGAAAGCUUUUUGAAACUACUGCAUUGGCCAUUCCCUCCGACAAGACAGGCAGUUCACCUCUUCAGACUCUCGCUCAGCAAGGAGCAGGUCUGAUCAAUGUCUACAAUGCUCUCAGCUACGGAACCACAUUAACUCCUGGGGAACUCCUUCUAAACGAUACCGCUCACUUUUCUGGAACCAAGAUUCUGAAUCUCCGAAAUGAGGGAAAGCGGCGCCAGUCGUAUACACUCAGUCAUGUGCCAGCCGGUACGAUCAACACUAUUCGUGGAGAUGGCUUUCAACCGGUCCUUGGCCCCAUCCCUCUCACGACCGACUACGCCAACGUAACCAUUAUCCCCUCGAGCAUUUCCCUUAGCCCUGGCGCAACGGCCAAGAUCUUGGUUAUUGUCGAUCCUCCGAAGACUGGGGUCCACACUCUAUUUCCGGUCUAUUCUGGUUUCAUUCAAGUUCGAGGGAGUUUAGGAGAGGACCUUCACUCAAGUUAUCUUGGGCUAAAUGCCAAUUCGUUCGAUCUGAAAGUGAUCGACUCUACGAGUUAUUACUUUGGGUAUCGACUUCCCGCGUUGUGGGAUUCAAAGGGGAAGGUUCAGGCACCUGGCCAGGCGUAUGCUCUUCAAGGGAAUGAUGCUCCUACGCUUGUUUACCGACUGGCAGCGGGUACGGCUGCGCUAUAUGUGGAUCUUGUGUCGGCGAAUACGACGUUUGCACCAAGUAUCAUGAAGAGGGAUGGCGUCUUUGAGCGUGAAUGGUGGCCCCCUGGCAAUGUUCUGCCUGCAGCGGGGAAGGUUGCGAUUGUUGGUCGAUUGUCAGCGUUUUAUUACAGGCCUCGAAAUGUGGACGCUUCUUAUCAAUCCGGCGGCUACAACUUAGUCCCCAUUACUUCUCGGUUUGCCAACUCGACUCAGAUACCAAAAGGUAACUAUAAGGUCCUCGUUCGAGCGCUCAAGAUUACUGGUAAUCCUAAAGAGGAAUCAUCCUACGAGUCUUGGCUUUCCACUCCUUUUGCUGUCGUGUGAAAAAGUCCAUUUCUAAUUGAAUGAUACAUAACGUUACAUAGUUGUUGGUAAUUUUUUAGUUCUCCGUCUGUUUUCUUAUGUUCACUCCUUGUGGAAGACGAUCGCUGCGAUACUACUAAUAUGGACAUUACUAUCUAUCCAAGCCUAUUUACGCAUACCACGUAACUGCUGUUGGGGGACUACUGGGUAAUUUAGAUGGAAUUCGGGGUGGCCGCUAUGUAGUUGGCACUCCAGCACUGAAGCAAUGACCAGAUUUGAUAGUCAAAUACUGCCCAUGAUAGUGGGUGGAACACCAACAGGAUAGCAAGAAUGUCACUCUUAUACAUGACAAAUGUCAUAAGUCGUC